UAAAAAUGUUAUCGCCGUGACAUUAAUUAAUUGUGUGCACAGAUAUUUCGAAGAAUUCCUAAUAUUUUAUUUUGCAUAAAGGAAACACACAUUUCGGCAAAACCAUGUCCUUUACAAUAAUGCAAAAACUCUCACUGGGUUGCCUUAAGGCGGAGCAACCUUUACUAACCACCAUACGUAACGCCAGUAAGAAGACCGGUGGCAGUACUCGUAACAAGAAAGGCCACCCCAGACCAAAGCAUCGUGGAUGGCGUGUGCAAGAUGGACAUUGGGUAUCGCAGGGAACAUUAUUGGCCACACAGUUGACACCAAGAUUUCAUCCUGGUUUAAAUGUUGGUUUCGGCCGUAAUGGUACUCUGUUUGCAAUGGAUCAUGGUAAGGUUUACGUUACAUGUGAACCAUUAGAUCCCAACUGGGAUCAUACGUGGGUGCAGCGUCAUUAUGCUGGUCGCGAAGGUCAGCCUAUUCAUAAGAAAUUCUUCAAUGUGGUGCCUGAAAAACAACAUCAACGUUUUCGUUUGGUAGAUGAAGUUUAGAUUUAUACUUAUUGUUAAAUAUUAAAUAUUAUUGUUACAUAAAUCUAAAAAAAAC